AUGAAGAAAAUCAAAGAUUUGCCUUUGUCUGCUAAAACAGUACAAGAUAGAACUUCUAAAAUGUCUUCAAAUAUAACACACAUGCAUGUGGAAAACAUUCAGUCGGCUUCUGCUACAUCACUUGCUAUGGAUGAGUCUUGCGACAUAAGAGACACGGCACACGUUACCCUAUUCGCCAGGUAUAUUUCGUCCCAAGGUCCUAAAGAAGAACUGCUAGGUUUGCUGCCGCUCUCAGGGCAAACUCGUGGAGAAGACAUAGCAGAUGCUGUGCAAAACUGCCUGGAGGACUAUGACAUCGAUAUAAAUAAAAUAGUUUCCAUAGCAACAGAUGAAGCCAGAAUUAUGACCGGAAUACAUAACGGUGUUACAACAAUUCUUCGGCAGAAAAUAAACCGCGAAAUUUUAACGUUUCACUGUAUAGUUCAUCAAGAGGCGCUUUGUGCCCGAACAUUUCCGACAGAAAUGGUUGAGGUCAUGGACUUGGUUAUUAAGAUCAGUAACAGCAUUUUGGCUAAAGCUCUCUACCAUCGCAAGUCUAAGGAGUUUCUUGAAGAAUUAGAAAGCCAUUAUUCUGACCUACUUAUGUACAAUAAAGUUCUUUGGCUUUCCAAGGAUUUGAGAACCAAACAUUUGUGGAGUGAUAAGUUUACAGAACUCAAGAGCAAGUUGGAAGAGUUGGAGGUCCAGAAAAGCAUGCAUGUUAAGCUGCACAAGUGGACAUCUCUUAAAGAAAUGCCGCGAGUUGAGACACUG